AUGUCCGCUAACUUAGAUAAAUCAUUAGAUGAGAUUAUUGAUUCCAAAAGGAGAGUCUCUGCUAGUACAAAAAGAAAUGUACCAAGAAGGGGUGCUCCAGGUCCAAGAAGAGGUGCUCCAGGUCCAAGAAGAGUUUCCAAACAGGUGAAUGAUAGACGUCGUGUGGGUGGCAGACCAAGAAUUCCGGGUGCUGCUGUCAAUUUACCACCUUCUUCCUUAUUAGAUAUGGCUUAUUCUACCAGAGUUUCUGUUGAAGGUUUGCCAAAAGACAUUUCUCAAGAUUCUAUUAAAGAAUUUUUUCAAACUGCUGUCGGUGGUGUUCAAAGAGUUUUGUUGAGUUAUAACGAAAAGGGACAAUCUAUGGGUAUGGCUACUCUUACCUUUACUAGCAAUGAGAAAGCUAGAAAAGCGGUUACUACUUACAAUAAUUCUCCAAUUGAUGGAGGUAAGUCCAGAUUAAAAGUACAAAUGAUUAUUGACCCAACUAAAAAACCACUAGCCAGCAGAAUUGGUGGAGCUGGUGCUAUUGGCCCUGUUUCUAGGAACGUUAGUAAUAGAGGUAAGUUAUCUUCAAGAUUGAAUCGUAAUGGUCCCAGAAAUAACAAUAUGAAUAAUAAUAAUAAUAAUAACAAUAAUGGUCCAAAAAGAUCUAGCCGUCCUCCAAAAAGGGGUAACGUUAACCGUGGUCCAAAAAAUGAAGGUAAGAAAAGUUUAGAAGAAUUGGACAAAGAAAUGGCUGCUUAUUUCGAUAAGAAUUAG